CUCCUCGCAGCCCUACGGGCGCACCAUUUCCUCUCACGUUUGGAUUCCUUCACUUUUUGAGUUUCUCCGGUUACUGCUGCGGGUACCACAGAGUGCUGAGCUGGACAAGGAUACACCCCUCACCUCAGCAUCUUUCCAAACUAGCUACUCUGCUAAUAAGAGGACAGUUUUUUUUUAUUUUGCAACUCCUUCUCGCAUUCCCAACAAAGUUCAUUCCUCUUUGUGCUGCAGCAUCUGAGGUGCGACCCUGAAGUUACCUGCGCGUUAUACAUCGUCUUGAGUGUGAAAACUUACGGAUGGAGUUUUGAAUUCUUAUUUGCUACUACUCCAACAAACGGUGGAUAUUGGGAUACUCGCAGAUCCUAGCUGCUGUGCGUUCAAAGGGAACUUUUGGGCAGAUGCCAUUGCGAUGCUGUGGAUGUGACUUCAAACAACAGCUUCACUGCGGUAGAGUCCUGUAAACCACAAUGAAAGACGACUUUGCUGAUGAGGAGGAGGUGCAGUCCUUUGGUUAUAAGAGGUUUGGAAUUCAGGAGGGUUCGGAGUGCACCAAGUGCAAAAAUGACUGGGCUCUGAGGGCGGCUAUAGCACUGCUGUAUGUUCUCUGUGCCCUGCUCACCAUAGCGGUGGCCAUACUCGGAUACAAAGUGGUCCAGAGGAUGGACAAUGUCACAAAGGGGAUGCAGAAUUAUGGAGGCAAGAUAAAUGCAGUGGAGACAGACCUGAAGAAACUAAAUGAUCAAGCAGGAGAGAAAUCAGGUAAUGCAACAAGUAACAUCAAUACUUUUAAGUCAGACCUGAAGGCUCUACAGAACCAGCUGAAUGACAUUGCUCUCAGGGCAACCAGAAACAGAGACGUGUUGGAUGAGCUUCAGAUCACAGGAGAUGACAUGCAGAAUGGACACGUCUCCCUGCAGAGUUUUAUACAAGGCAACGAUGCCUCACUGCGCGGGGUCAAUCAGACCUUGACCUCCUACAGUGGCAUGAUUGACAACCUCCAGACAGACACUGCACGGCUCCAGACGGAGAUACAGGGCCAGGUCAAAGUGCAGAGCCAGACCCAGGUUAGUAUCAGUGCGCUGAACAUCACACAGUCCCAGCAGCGCAAUCUGCUCGGCACGCUGCAGAAGACGGUGGAAGACGCAGGCCAGGCGGUCCAGAAACUGAAGAACGACUAUCAGGGUCUGCAGCAGACAGCCUGGCAGACACGGUCUGACACAGAGUGGCUGAAGGAGAAAGUCCAGAACCUGCAGGUUUUGGCAGCUAAUAACUCAGCCAUGGCCCGUUCAAAUGGAGAAUCUCUGGAUGAUUUGGGGGCUCAGCUCAACACCCUGGCCAGCCAGAUCCAGAACACCUCGUCUCUCAGUGAGGAGCAAGGCCAGAGCCUGCAUGAGCUGAUGGACAGCCAGAGAGACCACGAUAACGUCACCUCAGCUAAGUUUGAUGAAGUUGAAGCACGGUUAGACAGACAUGAGAACGACAUGGACCGUGUGACCGGGAAUGUGAGCUUCGCCGCGCAGCUCCUCGGUGCCAUCAGCUCCGACCUGAACGGCCUGAGGUCCUGCGCUGAGACAGUGAUGCAACAUUCAGACAUUUUAGUGGGGCUGAAUGGUAGUGUAACAGAGGCCAGCGCAGACAAUAAAGAGCUUCGCGCACAGCAGGAUGAGCUGGUGUCCCGGCUGGAUCGAGAGGUCAGCAACCUCUCCAUAGUGAUGGAGGAGAUGAAGCUGGUGGACAGCAAGCACUCACAGCUCAUCACCAACUUCACCAUCCUGCAAGGUCCACCGGGUCCAAGGGGCCAAAGGGGUGACAAGGGUCCCCAGGGGCCAGUGGGUCAGUCAGGACAAAAGGGCGAUAAAGGAGACAAAGGGGUGCUGGGAGUAGUGGGACCUAAAGGAGAGAAAGGUGCUGCUGGUCCACCAGGUGCUACAGGUCCAAAGGGUGCAGCCGGGGUUCGGGGUCUUACCGGGGCAAAAGGAUCAAGAGGGUCUGGGGGCCGACCUGGAAAUUCUGGUGAAAAGGGCGAUGCUGGCGCUCCUGGAGCUCCUGGUAGGGAUGGUUUGUCAGGGUUGCCAGGACCACAAGGGCCACAGGGGCCCAGAGGAGCAGCUGGACCUGCAGGGCUCGAGGGACCUCGUGGGCCUGUCGGACCAAUCGGCCCUCCCGGUCCUGCAGGGCUUCCUGGGUUACCUGCAUCUGGACCUCCACCUCCAAAGCCUACCAAGCCCACUCAGCCAGCUAAGGUCCCUCAAACCCCCAAACCACCUCAACCUCCAAAACCACCUCAAUCCCCCAAACCCCCCCAACCCUCAAAACCAGCAGAGGAACCUGAGGGCUCCUUGUCCCGGCAGAAACAGGCCCCUGUCCCCACUCCUCCAGCUCCUGGUUGCCCAUCUGGGUACAAACGGUUUGGAGACAGCUGCUAUUACAUCUCCACUCAGAGGCUCAACUUUGAAGAGUCCAGACAGUUUUGUACCAACAUGACAUCUCUGAUGCUCAUUAUCAACAACGAUGACGAACAGCAAUUUGUAAAGGAUGCAAUUGCAGGAAAAGGCUAUUUCUGGCUGGGCCUUACUGACUUGGAGGUGGAAAAUGUCUGGAAAUGGGAUGAUGGAACCUUACCUGCUUUCACGAAGUGGAAGCCCGGUCAGCCUGAUAACUGGACCCAUGGCCAUGAAGACGGCGAGGAUUGUGCUGGUCUCAUCCACAACGCCAACUGGAAUGAUUUCUACUGCACCGACCGGAUCGCCUUGUAUUUCUUUAUUAAAUGUUUAUAUAUAUCAGCAAUGCCUCUCUUCACGACCAACCCUUUUGACCAAGAUGUUGAGAAAGCAACCAGUGAGAUGAACACAGCUGAGGACUGGGGCCUCAUUCUGGACAUAUGUGAUAAGAUAGGACAGUCACGCACGGGGCCUAAAGAAUGUCUCCGAUCUAUUAUGAGAAGAGUGAAUCACAAGGACCCUCAUGUGGCCAUGCAGGCACUGACCCUCCUCGGUGCUUGUGUCUCAAACUGUGGGAAGAUAUUCCACUUGGAGGUGUGCUCCAGAGAGUUUGCCAGUGAAGUCAGUAACGUCUUAAACAAGGGCCACCCCAAAGUGUGUGAGAAGCUGAAAGCCCUGAUGGUGGAGUGGGCCGAGGACUUCCGCAACGAUCCCCAACUCAGCCUCAUCUCAGCUAUGAUCAAGAAUCUACGUGAGCAGGGAGUCACUUUCCCAGCUGUCGGGUCCCAGGCUGCAGAGCAGGCAAAAGCAAGCCCUGCUUUAGUGGCAAAGGAUCCCUCCACCUCAACAAAAAAGAAAGAAGAAGAAGACUUGGCCAAAGCUAUCGAGCUGUCACUGAAGGAGCAGCGCCCGCAGUCGCAGACGUCGCUGUCGAGCCUCUACCCAAACACCUCCGGCCUGCUCUCCUCACACAAGUCCGACGGCAGGAAAGUCCGCGCCAUCUACGACUUUGAGGCCGCUGAGGACAACGAGCUCACCUUCAAGUCAGGAGAAAUCAUCACCAUCCUGGACGACAGUGACCCCAACUGGUGGAAAGGGGAAACGUACCAGGGAGUGGGUUUGUUCCCCUCUAACUUUGUCACUGCUGACCUUACCGCUGAGCCUGAGAUGAUGAAGACGGAGAAGAAAACCGUCCAGUUCAGUGAGGACAUCCAGGUGGAGACCAUAGAGCCUGAGCAGGAGCCUGUUUUUAUAGAUGAGGACAAAAUGGACCAGCUGCUGCAGAUGAUCCAGAGUGCAGAUCCCACAGACAACCAGUCAGACAGCGUGGAGCUACUACAGCUGGAAGGUGCCUGUAAUCAAAUGGGACCGCUCAUUGACCAGAAAUUGGACGAUAUAGACAGGAAGCACUCGGAGCUGUCGGAGCUGAAUGUGAAGGUGAUGGAGGCUCUGUCUCUGUACGCCAAGAUAAUGAAUGAUGAUCCAGUUUACGCCAUGUACGCCAAGCUCCAGAGCCAGCAGUACUACAUGCAGCAGCCGGGCAACGCAGCGCAGCAGGUGUACCCAGGUCAGCCUGCAUCAGGUUCUUAUGCCAUGAGCGGCACCGCAGUGCAGGGUUACACUGUUCCUAUGGAGCAGCUCCCAGCGGGCCCCCCUAUACCUGGACAACAGGCCCCCAGUGACGUUCAUAUGUACAUGGGCCAGCCGCCAGUCUACACUGCAGCUCCAGGCAGCAUGGCCCCGACAGACAUGCAGUCCUACCAGAACCCAACGGGGGCCCCGGGCCCCGGCAUGACACAGACACCAAACUACAGCCACGCCUCCGGCCCGAGCAUAGCACCUUCCUCAGAGAAAGCUCUGCUAUAGGGCCCCUUAGAUCCCUGUUAACCUCACGCGCAAACACAUGCACCACACCUGAUCAAAUAGCAGUCGUGCAUCAUCUCUUAUAUUAUACUCGGAUUUGUUUUAGCAGGGAACACAAGGUGGGUGAAAUAAUUUAAAAGGAGUAGACUAAACCUAUCAUGUGGCACUCUGUCUUGUUUUAUCUGGCAGGUAAUAUACUGUUACACUUCUCACUCCAGGUUUAGGAGUGAUCAUAGAAACACACUUUGUGUUCUUUUAUUAUUGAUGUUUCUACAUUUUCACUCUUCCUCUGUCUUUACAUGACCCGGAGUGAAGACACAGAGGAGCCUUCAGUUGCACUUUUAUCUUCAGUCGCACUUUUUUUUAGGAUUUGAUCAUCACUCAAGCCCGAUCACUUCUAAAUCUAGACCUGAUAUCAAUGCAUUCUCCAUUUUUAUAUAUAUAAAAAAAGACCUGCAUCUAUUGCUUCCUUUUAAUCAAUAGGACUCUGGAAACAUUGCAGUUAUGCUUCAUUUUAUGGGUUGGAACAUAUUCGAUACCAAUUGAAGGGGAUGUGAAUAAAAACAAUCAUUAAGUUACCUAAAAUGAACAGCUUUAUUUAAACUAAAGUAAAUAUGAACUCAUUAGUCAUAUAUCAUUAAAGACUUUAUUCUUCAACAUAUUUUUGGAUGUUCAGCAGACCUGCGAACUUAUUUCAAAACUUUGUAGGAAAAGCUAGCAUUUAUUUUAUUUGGAAGUGAAUUGAUGAUACUUACAGUAUUUUACCUUUAAUUUAGGAUGAAAGUCCACAGUUCGUUAGCAGGAAAAACAAAAAUGUGCUGAGAGAAAGUGUUCCUAUAGCCGCUUCAAACCAAAAGACAAGAUAUUUCUGCGAUUACUAUUUGAUCAAGUGUGAAAUACACACAGGCAUUCCUUCUCACCACCUUUGAAGAUGCACUCUGGAGCUACACACACACUACAGGCAGGUGUACAGCAUCACACACACACACACACACACACACACACAGUUGCACCAGGUGGUCCAUACUUCCUCAGCAGUGUUAUAAUUUAACGUCACACACACUAAGUAACAUGCCACAGCCUUCUCACACACUUAAAGCCCCUGCAGUGCUAAUCGUGUCACAGAAAAAAAAGGGGCGUCGACUUACUUUCACUUCUUUUUCCAGAAAAAGGACUUUUAGGCGAUGCUAAAAACGUUAGGUUGCUUUAUUCUGUAUAUGUUGUCAACUUGUAGAAGUAUUGAAAACUGAAGCCACUUUGUUAUUUUGGAGGGAAAAAGAAACCGGAGGAAUUUAAGCAUGCACAUGACUCCUGUAUAUACUGUACCACACUCGUAGUGACGCCACAUGAUGAGUUCAUGGUCGGUCCGGAUGUUAGCAUAGCCCCGAGUGAAUCUCUCAGCCUUUAAGGUGAACUCUGCAGUCACGAUCUCCCCGCUAAACUAAAGGUGUAAAAGCCAAAGAGAACAAACCGCAGAAAAAAAAGUAAGAUAUUUGCUCCUUUUUGUUUUUUCUUAACAUAAUUCACCCCUUUCAUCAAGCUGCAGAGUUUUCCUUUUGAAAUGAGCAGCUCCACAUCCGUGUUGUAGGGUUUGCUCCAUCUCCACUCGGGCGCUAUGCUAACAGAUUCGGCUACUAAGGGGCGACCUCUCCGAACAGCCCCAGUGUCUUUAAAGCAUCUCUUUAGUCAGUGUUAAAAAAAAAUGAAUACGAUGUUUUUUUUUUGUAGUGCAUUUUAAUUUAUGUUUCGAUUAUUGUUAUGCUGUUUUAAAUGAAAAAGCAUUGCAGGAUGUAUGUAUUCAGAGAAAAAGCGGAGUAUGUGAUAUUCUGCCUAACUUAGUUGUAUAUUUAAAUCGCUCACAUGAGAACAUGGACAUUUCUCUCGGUGUUUGAUACAUGAUUCUUGUACUGUAGGGUCAAAUGGUAAUGUGGAAAAAAAAACUAAACUGAUCGUACCUCCCCCAUUGCAUUUCAAACCCUCUCUCGAAGCUGUCUAACACUAAAACAAAUUCUACCUGAAAGAGAACCGAAAUAAGGAUUUAUGAUUCUGGAAAGCACAGUCAACAUGUCUUUCUCUCAGUUACAGUGACACUUAUUGAUUUAAUGUUGUUGUCAUACCAAUUUUCUUCUUUGGCUUUACCUCUUUAAAGUCUUUGGGAAGUUUUUAAAACACUGACUGGAUAGCAAGAAGUUGAAGAAACAGGAAUAUUAUUUAUCUGGUGUUUAAUAUUGAAUGAUGCUACAUGAAGGAACUAUGAUACAAUGAACUACAUUAUGUGUAAUGAUCUGAGAUGUGUUUCAUUUCAAUUUCUCUUGAUAUACUUUGCUUCAAAUUGUGCUCCUCCUGUGCCACGUUAAGAAUAUAAAACAACCCCCAAAUUAAGCUUUGGUACCUGGGACUAAGAGGCCAUUUAAUUCUCCAGAACUUUUCAGAUUGUAGCAUUCCUAAAGUUGAUUUGAAAGACAAGGUAUCUUUCUUUUGCUGCCUUCAACUAAAGAGUGGAGUUCAUCUGUUGAGUCAAAGAGGGUAUUCUGGGACAGGAGCCAGUAGUUCCCCUUAUAAUAUCCAAAUCUAACAUGUUGUUGCACUGCAGCCCCGGUGUGACUCGCACAGGAUUGAGAUGCCGCCUGUUUUUAAGUUUUAAACACCCUUAAUGUAAAGGUUCUGUCUAAUCUUGUAUCCUGCUGUUUGUAUGUAUUCUUUUAACCAUACUUAUUAAUUGGUAUUCACAAUAAAACCAGGCCAAAUGUACAGAAUUAUA